UAAAAGAGGCAAACAAAAAGCCUCUGAUUGCGUCUUAAUAUCAUUAAGUCAUAAAUAACUCUGCAAUAAUUAUUUUGAGAGACUUUUGAAACAUAACGUUAGUUGUUAUAUUCCUGCGCAUUUCAAAUUCACUGUUUCACACGCUAACCGUAAAUGUAUUGAGCUGUUGUAAGGAUGUGUUCUCCUAGAGAGCCACGAGGAGGAUGUCACUGAUCCUGUUUGCCUUCGUUGUCCGGGUCAGGGAUGGACUCCCUCUCUCCGCCUCCACUGAUUUCCUGCAUAAUAAGGAACUUCAGGAGAGAAAGCAACAGCUGAAAGUGAUCUCAAAAUCCCUAAGUUCAUUACCAGAGAGAGGGACAGUCAAGGGCCAUGAGCUCAACAUUCACUUCCUCUCAUCUGAGGGUGUGUCCUACAUGACCGUAUGUGCAUGCGGUCUCCCUGCUGCCACGGCCUUCUGCUUCUUGGAAGACUUGCGCUGGGAAUUCACAGCAUGCUUUGACGACUCUGCAGUGGCCCUGGCAAGCAGGCCAUACCCAUUUCUGGAGUUUGGUAGGAUGACAAAUAAAAAUAGUGCCAUUCAAAAACUUCAGCAGCAUUAUAACCAGAAAGGGGGUCCAUCUCUGGAGGUCACCCUGGCUGAGGUACAGGAAGACCUCAGAACCAGCCCCCCUCAGGUUCUCACCAUAGAGCACAUGACACUCACCAAUGGAGCAGCCAAUGGGCAUGUAGAACAAACAGCUGCAUCAGGUCAAAGUCAGAGAUUGGAACCAGUUUCUGCACCAGGGAUCCUGUCACUGGUUCUUAACAUCAUGUGUGCUGCCCUCAACCUUAUACGUGGUUUCCAUCUUAUUGAAUACACCUUCCAGGAUGAUUAUGAUGGUUUGUGGAAUGUGGUGGCAUUUCUUUUGGCAUUUCUUUGCUGUGUUUGCCAGUGUCAUCUGUACUUGUUCCAUACCUGCCAGAAGAAGCUGAAGUCCUUUACUCUCCUGACUCUCAUCAUCUUAUGCAAUGCUUUUCUCUUUGGCCUGAGGAACAUCUGGCAGCUGGGCUUCCACAUGUCCGUGGCCUGCCUCUCCACGCUGCUCACCCUCCACCGCAAACCGCUGGACAGGAACAUGGACUGUGGGGUCUGAGGAGGAUUUCAGCUGGCCGUGGAUAGCAGUAGGGUGAGAGACCAAAAGAAUGGACGGGACUUUACAUGUGAUCUGGUGACUGGUCGCUUUGGUUUCAAUCUAAUGUUAUGAUCAAAUGUUGAUUUUGUUUCACAUGGCUUUUCUACAGGGGUCUUCAAUUCCAUUGAUGCAUAUCAGAAAUCAAGUUUUUAAUGACAUAUAAAUGUAAAAUGGUGAAGUUGAUGAGCAUACAUAAAGUAAGCGUUUUGUUGGUUAUGAAAGUUAAUUUAAUUUUAUUUAUUUGCUGCAAAAUAAGAAAACUUAUUGUUUAAGCUCAUGUGAGAGAUUAAUCUUUGUUUGCUUUUAUGUAUGAAGGAUUUUUUUGUUGUCCGUUUAAUUGUUAUAAAGCUAUAGAUGCAGGUAUAUUGCAUAUAAAUAACUAUAAUAAGGCAUGAUGGUGACCUCGGGUGAUUUGGGGUUUUGUUUCAAUUUCAGGCAUUUUAGGUUAUGAAGUAUAUUAAGUCAAUAACUAUUUCAAGUCCUUUGGAACAUGAUUUUGUGUUUUUAUUUUGCACCGUGUCAAUUAGUAAUGGGUUACUCCACAAUACCUUAAUUUUUUUGUAUUAUAUUAGUACUGUUAAUUGUAUACAAAGCACAUUCAGGUUGUUCAGCUAGUCUUAUGCCAUUUUUUACCUCAAACAAGAUAUUUUUUUCUAGCCUACCUUUCUAGGAUAUUCAUCCCGAAGACUAUAAAUCAGAUAUUAUUUCAACAAAUUAUCAUAAUGCAGCAUUCAUUCAUCAAGUCAGCAAGAUGUAGAGGUGCUUAAGAAUUGUUGGAAGUGUCCACAUCUGUUUUCUUAACCAAAAAAAGAAACGAUUUAAGAAUGAUGAUUUACAGAGCCUCGUUUACAUAUUAAUAUGUAAUUUAUUUGCACUAGUAUUCUUCAUGAAAUAGACAUUUUGACAAAUAGACAAACUUUUGUUUGUUUUGCAGCAGACAGUAUUAUAAUUCAAUAAGUUUGAGGAAAAUUAAGUUCAGUUGGUUUACAUUAAUCUUCCAUCCAUUAAAUAUGUUUAAAAUAAUAAGUAUGCAUCAUGUUAUACUGACACAGAAUAGGAAGAUUGUACAUUGCAUUUCUGUUUAUUGCAAAUGUUGUGCACUUCAAGCAAUUAGCAUGGAAUAAUGCAUUUAAUUUAAUCUGAAAUAUUUUUACGCAAGUAAUAAUCAUAAAUCAUGUAAAUAUCACGAAAUUCCUGAAUUUUUAUAAGCAAGCUGUGCUUCUAAAUGGUUCGUGCAGAGUUGGGGCAAAAAUGUGAUUUUGCUGUGUUGUAGCAGCAGCUUGCAUCUAAAGGUUCUGGCCUGGAUAACAUUUAGUUCUGUGGUAAAGCUACGGUUUGUUCAUGGCAAUGCCUUACGAUUACAGAUAGCUAAACAGAGGAGUGAGAAUCUGUGUAUUAUCAUUUAAAAAUGUGAAAGAUGUGUAAUAAAUCUCAUUCUAAUUGUAAUGAUAAUGUAAGGGCUCUGUUUCUAUCGACUGAUUUUUUGGUUUUCUUCACAGUAUAGCAUAAUACAAAUUUAAAACAACAUGUUCUGAUCUGUAAUCAUGCUUUCUUAUACAGUUUUAAAGAGGGUUGCUGGGGUCACAGUGGGGCCCUGAGCCAUUGAAACUGAUACAUAUUUACUCACUCCUCAUAUAAUACAUGGAGUACUGUGUUUGUUGAAUCUAUGAGAUAUGUAUUUUUAUAAAAAAUAAUUUUUCAUGUAGUAGAUCAGAUUGAGUGUUUAGUCACACAACUGAGAGAAUCUGUAUUUAGAUCGAUUGUAUCUCAUGGAUUUGUGACCCAUUGGUUUUUAAAGCCUGUGUCAGUGAACUGUAAUUGAUGCUGGAGGUUAUUACUUAUGCACUUUUAUGCUUAGUAAUAAUGAAAGCUUGAGACCAAUAUUGUCGUGCAUCAACCAACAUUUGAUGAUGCAUGCAUUUAAAACCUUUUUUAUUUUUUAAAUGCCAGAUUUUCUCAAUGGACACACUCACUUUUUUUCUUUUUUCAAAUGGACAUUUGAAUUGGUUUCGUUACCUGUAAACUGCUCUUUUAACUUCGACCAACAUGAACCUCCAGCAGCCAAGUAAAAGUCUUUUAAA